UACUCUAUAGUCCCAAAUGGCAAAUCUUAAAUUCUUGUUAUUCUCAUCCUGUUAACCAUUUGACAUACCAAUUUCCUAAAUUUUCAAUUCUUAUGAAAUUUGACUGUUUCUUAAGCUUAACAUUUCAAUAACCAAUCUAAUUAUUAUUUUUACUAUGACUUGAAGAAUGUUCUAGGCUAUUGUAUUAAGUAAAUGAGUGUAUUUGUUAUUUAUUGAACAAACCAUAAUUUCUGAAGACUUCCUUACAACGAAUAUUAAUUAACAAUGGCUGUUGUUAAAACUCCUGUGCUUAAAGUUAUAUUAUGUGGUGAAUAUGGAGUCGGGAAAAGUUCAAUAUUUCGAAGGUUCAUAAAUAAUACAUUUUUACCUAAUGCUGAUAAAAAAUCUACUUUGGGCCUAGAUCACUUUGAGAAGAUGUACCGAGUGGGUGACAAAGAUGUCAAGUUACAGCUUUGGGAUACUGGUGGUAUGGAAAGAAUAGCUUCAGUCACAUCAAGUUAUUAUAAAUAUGCUGAGGCAGCAGUUUUAGUCUUUUCAUUAGAUAAUGCUUCAUCAUUUCAUAUCUUAAGUCAGCAUCUCUUGGAUAUUGUAACAUAUGCUGAAAAUGCUAAGAUAUUUCUGUGUGGCAAUAAAUCUGAUUUAGAAGGAUCAUGCCCACAAGUAACUGAUGCUGAUAUAGAAAAUUUCUGUGAACAGUGCCACAAUUUAAUAAGCAGCACUUACAAAACAUCAUGCAAAAGUGGACAAGGCUUAGAAGACAUGUUUUUAGAUAUAGCUCAACAAUUAGUUGAAUGUAACCGGUCAAAAAUUGAACUUCAAAGGUUAGAUCACAAUAGCUUCAAGAUAACACACCCAGAACCCCCAGAUGAACCGUCCUGUAGUUGUUAAUGAGCAACUUAUUUACUAUAUUUAAUAUGAAGCUUGGCUAUAUUAGUCAUACUAAUAUACUCCAUUUAAGAUAUUGUCACUAGUUUGUAUGUAUUUAUCAUUUUCAUUAAGUAGGUGUAUGCUUAAUAUUUUUUAUGAUCAGCAACUUUUUUAUAACGUAAAGUAUUAGUAUGUAACUUGUAUUAUAAACUUAAAUAUUAUAUAGUGUCAAUGUGUAGUAUUUAUUAUAAUUAAAAAUAAGUAGAUUACUCUACAAUGUAGGUUUUCAAUUACAAUUUAAAAGCCUGUUAAUUGGUUAAACUGACAUCGUAGGUUGCUUUGGUUGUUUUGAAAUCUUACAAGUACUACUUUUGCAUUAUGUAUUUGUAGACUAGGAUCAUUGUUACUAAUAUAUUUUUAGUCUAAUCAGUGAUAGAAAUUUCAGCUUCUUCAGUACAACUAUUGUUUUGAAGAUUUUUUGUUCAUGGCUAGUUCAUUUUAAAUGUGACAUUUCCUGUCUAUUGACACUACACAUUGAUAUAAUAUAGUUCUGUAUAGGACUAGGAACUGUGAUGAUUUUAUGUGAUAGUUGGUACAAUGUUUCAUUGAACUAACUUUUAGAGACCUGCAGUAAAAUCCUACUUAUUCACCCUUGAUUCUGUCACAUGUGGGAGUUUACGGCCCACAGAGGCAUUGGAUGACAACUCAACAUCAAUGAUAACAAAAAUCACAAACUAAUUUAAAUAGUCUCGAGCACCAAAAUCAAAAGAAAAGAUUAAUAACAUCUUCUAAACAAAUCAAACCCAUCUAAAAUUUGAGAUGAUUAAAUUUUGCGCAGUCAGUUUAGAAAUUUCUUCUAGCUGCAUGUUUUAUUCUUUUGUAUGUGUAGCUUGAUCCAACUGUAAUAAUCACACAAUAUAGUAUAAGUCGCAUGUACAGACAUGCCUAGUCCAUGACCAAAGUCACUUCUGUGUCAGUUGAUAAUCGAAUAGCAGGUAUGCCAGUGAAGUAAUAAUAUUAAAAAAGGUUAAUGUACCAUUGUUCUCUCAUCUCAUAUAUGGAUAUUUUAUUACUUGAAUUUUAAUUUGUUUAUGAUUAAAAAGAUAAGUUUAUAUGAUUCUGUAAAAAUAAUUCCAGAUUACUUUAUAAGAUAUUAGAUAAUUUGUUAAGAUUAUCUUUGCAUUUUGUAUUUAUGUUAAAUUAUUUACAUUUAUAUCAGUAUUUGCAUUAACUUCUGUCAUCAAAUGGUUAUUAAAGAUCCAGACUCAAGUAAGUAUUAUUAAAUUGCAAGUUUUGUUUCUCUGAUAUUUGACAGAAAGGAGAUGUUCCAAAUUUGGACAUGUCAAUGAGCACCAUAUAAAUCAAUGCUAAAAAAAUCAUACUAAG